AUGGCAACAUUAAAUGAUAUAGUUUGUUCUUGGGAGAACACGUUCAAUCGCAUAAAACGUUCUUACAAUCUGCAUUAUCAUCUGAAACCCGAGCAAAUUGAUGUCAUUACUCAUAUUUUGCGAAAUGAAAAUUGCUUAACUGUGCUACCAACUGGAUUUGGGAAAAGUAUCUGUUACAUGCUCCCACCAGUUUUGUUAAAUGAAACAAUCAGUGAUAAACGGCAUUACGGUUUGAUUAUAUCGCCACUACGAAGCCUAAUGUACGACCAGGUGCGUAGUUGCAAUGCUAUGGGCAUUAAGUCAUGCUGCAUCACAAGGAAGAAAGAUAUGGAUACAGAAACUAUUGAAGAUAUAAAGAAAGGACUGUUUACAAUUUUAUUUAUGUCGCCCGAAGCAUUGUUAUUUAUUGACUCGUGGAGGCCAAUUUCGCUUCAAUCCAAAAUCUACGGAGAUGGAGUUUGUCUCAUAGCCAUAGAUGAAUGUCAUGUCCUAGAAUUAUGGGGUGACGAUUUCAGACCAACAUACAGAAUGUUAGGCGAACUACGAAGCCAUUUUUCUUGUUCGUUUUUAAUUCUGACGGCAACCUGCACGAAUGUUAUGAAACGUAACAUUCUUAAACAAUUGUACUUCGGUGAAAAUGAGAUGCAGCUUGUUUCCAAAGUGCCCGACAGGCCUAACAUUAGUCUCUACUACAAGUUUGGCUCAUUGUCCAUUACUGAAGAGAUGGCUUGGUAUCUAAGGGAACUCAAAAGUGACGGCAUCACAGCACGGAAAGCCAUCAUUUAUGUCAGAACCAUCACUCAGUGUGGCAAAGUAUUUGCUAAUUUUAUGGCCUACCUGGGAAAUGCUGCUUAUGGAGAUGGAAGCAAAGUUAUACAAAACCGAAUUUUGGAAGUUUACCACGGGGCAUUGGCCAGCACAGACCAGGAGAGAGUUGUUUCACGUUUCUCGCAGGAUAAUGUUUUAAGAUGUAUAAUUUGCACUGUGGCGUUUGGGAUGGGGGUGAACAUCCCAGAUUUAAAUAUAGUUGUUCAUUGGGGAUGUAGUAACAGCAUAGUUGAAUACUGGCAGGAAGUAGGUCGUGCUAGGCGAAAUGGUGAUCCAGCGGAGGCACAUUUAUUUCCGCUGCCAAGAACGGUUUUACACGUUGAAGAUGAUAUGAAAUCACUCUGUGAACAACUUAAACAUUCAAACAUUCCAUGUCUACGAGUCCACAUUUUGGAACACCUCACUAUUAAAGGAAUGAAUCCUCAUAUAAUUGACGAGAUAAAACAUCGCAAGUCAUGUGACAUGAAAUGUGAGUGUUGUGUUUGCCUCAAUUGUAAGUGUCGCACAGCUUGUAAGCUUAAAUGUCCAUGUCGGGUCAAUUAA